AUGGCGGCGUUCAUGGACACGAGAAUAUUGCUUAGGAAAAUUAAAGAUUUACGGUGCCUGACACCCCGACGGAAUCGCGUGAAAGCUAAAUGGGUAUGUACGACGUAGUUGGCUAACAAUAAUUGGAAAAAUCCACAACCAGUCGUUGAUUAAAGUUGGCGGUUAACUAGCGCUCAAACCCUUAUCAGCGUUUAGCUUCGACCACGCCACGGCUGGCUGCGUGUGAAGUACAAUUCCGAGGCUUUGUUUUAACGUGUAGAAACGUUAAUAAUCGCUAGCAAAACAUAUGCUGGUAGGCCCCUUAUCUUUCAUAUCACCAAUUAAUCAUCUUUAAAGUAAAGAAAUUGUUGCAGUUUUGCACAGAUCCAUAAGCUGCGUGUGCCUCCAGUUGACAAACUACACUUCCUCCUCAGUUAUGCUUACAAACAGGUGUUCAGAGCACACUUAAAUGGCUAAUUAGUACAAGUGGCUGUCUAGUCUGAUUAAUCAGGCUGUUAUACACAAUUAAUUGAUAUACACAGACCGAGACAUUUGUGUGCAAAAUUGUGUAACUGUUCCUUUUACACGCCAGAAUGUUGACUAAAUUAUAUUUAAACUUGCUCUACCGUAUGUUUGUGCAGUUUGCCCUUCUGCUGCUCGAAAAUUGAGACUAUCCAGACUUUGGAAUAGUUAAAGGGCCAGAGGACCUGAGGGACCUACUGGGUACAUAACUUAAAAGCAUGUCUGACAUGUAUUGGGGUGCACAAUCGUGGAUUAAUAAAAAAAAAAACAAUAGAUGAAUCUUUAAAUUCAUUAUAAAACUCACAGGCAGCUAGUGCAGAGACCUUAAAACCGGUGUAAUGUGUGCUGUCCGUCUGGUCUUGGUCAGUACCCGUGCUGCAGUAUUCUGUAUGUUUUGCAGUUGACCAAUGGCUUUCUUGGGUAGAACAGACAGGAGAGCAGUCAUGCCUGCUUGUAAUAAAAGCAUGGGUGAGUUUCUCUGUAUCAGCCUGAGAGAGAAACGGCCACACCUUGGCAAUGUUCCUCAGGUGGUAAAAAGCUAUUUUGUUAAUAUUCCUAAUGUGUGGUUUGAAAUUGAAUUCAGAAUCUAAAAUAACACACAGGUUUUUUACUUGAUGUUUUAUCUUUAUUGCCUGUGAAUUAAAAUGUGCGGGCAGAUUCUCUCUGUGCUUUGGUUCCAACAAUAAGUACCUCGGUCUUGUCUUGAUUUAGCUUGAGGAAGUUGUGAGCCAUCCAAGUAUUUAAAUCACUAAUACACUCUAAUAAUUUAUCCGUGGAGCUAAAAUCCUCUGGUGACACAGAAAUGUAAAAUUGUGUAUCAUCUGUGUAGCAGUUAAAAUCAAUGCUGUGCUUUCUGAUAAUGCUGCCAAGGGGUAACGGAUACCUAUACAGUACCAUUCAAAGGUUUGGACACACCUACUCAUUCAAGUUUUUUUUUUAUUUUUUUUAUUUUUAUAUUUUCUACAUUGUAGAAUAAUAGUGAAGACAUCAAAACUAUGAAAUAACACAUAUGGAAUCAUGUAUUAACCAAAAAAGUGUUAAACAAAUCAAAAUGUUAUAUUUGAGAUUCUUCAGAGUAGCCACCCUUUGCCUUGAUGACAGGUUUGCACACUCUUGGCAUUCUCUCAACCAGCUUCAUGAGGUAGUCACCUGGAAUGCGUUUCAUUUAACAGGUGUGCCUUGUUAAAACUUAAUUUAUGGAAUUUCUUUCCUUCUUAAUGCAUUUGAGCCAAUCAGUUGUGUUGUGAUGUGACAAGGUAGGGGUGGUAUACAGAAGAUAGCCCUAUUUUGUAAAAGACCAAGUCCAUAUUAUGGCAAGUGCAGCUCAAAUAAGCAAAGAGAAACGACAGUACAUUACUUUAAACAACUCAAAAUAUAUUUUAUAUUUGAGAUUCUUCAAAGUAGCCAUCCUUUGCCUUGAUGACAGCUUUGCACACUCUUGGCAUUCUGUCAUCCAGCUUCACCUGGAAUGCUUUUCCAACAGUCUUGAAGGAGUUCCCACAUGCUGAGCACUUGUUGGCUACAGAAGUGGUCCUCUGUAGCUCAAUUGGUAGAGCAUGGCGCUUGUAACGCCAGGGUAGUGAGUUCAAUCCCCGGGACCACCCAUAUGUAAAAAUGUAUGCACACAUGACUAUAAGUCGCUUUGGAUAAAAGCGUCUGCUAAAUGGCUUAUUAUUAUUAUUAUUAUAUUAUUAUUUUCCUUCACUCUGCUGUCCAACUCAUCCCAAACCAUCUCAAUUGGGGUGAGGUCGGGUGAUUGUGGAGGCCAGGUCAUCUGAUGCAGCACUCCAUCACUCUCCUUCUUGAUAAAAUAGCCCUUACGCAGCCUGGAGGUGUGUUGGGUCAUUGUCCUGUUAAAAAACAAAUGAUUGUCCCACUAAGCCCAAACCAGAUGGGAUGGUGUAUUGCUGCCGAAUGCUGUGGUAGCCAUGCUGGUUGAGUGUGCCUUGAAUUCUAAAUAAAUCACAGACAGUGUCACCAGCAAAGCACCAUCACACCUCCUCCAUGCUUCACGGUGGGAACCACACAUGCAGAGAUCAUCUGUUCACCUACUCUGCGUCUCACAAAGACACGGCGGUUGGAACCAAAAAUCUCCAAUUUGGACUCCAGACCAAAGGACAGAUUUCCUCCGGUCUAAUGUCCAUUGCUCGUGUUUCUUGGCCCAAGCAAGUCUCUUCUUAUUAUUGGUGUCCUUUAGUAGUGGUUUCUUUGCAGCAAUUCGACCACGAAGGCCUGAUUCACACAGUCUCCUCUGAACAGUUGAUGUGUCUGUUACUUGAACUCUCUGAAGCAUUUAUUUGGGCUGCAAUUUCUGAGGUAACUCUAAUGAACUUAUCCUCUGCAGCAGAGGUAACUCUGGGUCUUCCUUUCCUGUGGCAGUCCUCAUGAGAGCCAGUUUCGUGUGCGACUGCACUUGAAGAAACAUUCAAAUUUCUUGAAAUGUUCCGGAUUGACUGACCUUCAUGUCUUAACACUUUUUUGGUUUCUACAUGAUUCCAUGUGUUAUUUCAUAGUUUUGAUGUCUUCACUAUUAUUCUACAAUGUAGAAAAUAUAAAAAAUAAAGAAAAACCCUUGAAUAAGUAGGUGUCCAAACUUUUGACUGGUACAGUAUACUGAACAAAAGUAUAAAGGCAACAUGUAAAGUGCUGGCCCCAUUUUUCAUGAGCUGAAAUAAAAGAUCCUGGAUAUAUUCCAUAUGCACAAAACGCUUAUUUCUCUCAAACGGUUUGCACAAAUUUGUUUACAUCCCUAUUAGUGAGCAUUUCCCAUUUGCCAAGAUAAUCCAUCCACCUGACAGGUGUGGUAUAUCAAGAAGCUGAUUAAACAGCAUGAUCAUUACACAGGUGCACCUUGUGCUGGGGACAAUAAAAGGCAACUCUAAAAUGUGCAGUUUUGUCACAACACAAUUCCACAGAUGUAUCAAGUUUUGAGGGAGAAUGCAAUUGGCAUGCUGACUGCAGGAAUGUCUACCAGAGCUGUUGCCAGAGAAUUGAAUGUUCAUUUCUCUACCAUAAGCCGCCUCCAACUUUGUUUUAGAGAAUUUGGCAGUACAUCCAACCGGCCUCACAACCGCAGACCACGUGUAACCACGCCAGCCCAGGACCUCCACAUCCAGCUUCUUCACCUGCGGGAUCGUCUGAGGAGGGGAGGGGGGGGGGGGGGGUGCUGAGGAGUAUUUUGUGGGGAAAAACUCAUUCUGAUUGGCUGGGCCUGUCUCCCAAGUGGGUGGGCCUAUACCUUCCCAGGCCCACCCAUUGCUGCUUCCCUGCCCAGUCAUGUGAAAUCCAUAGAUUAGGGCCUAAUUGAUUUAUUUCAGUUGAAUGACGUCCUUAUAUGAACUGUAACAGUAAAAUCUUUGAAAUUGUUGCAUGUUGCGUUUUAUAUUUUUGAACAGUAACAGACCCAAAAUCAAACCUUGUCGAACGCCACAUGUGAUAUGUAUUUUCUCUGAGUUAUAUUCACAGAGGGUGACAAACUUCUGACCGGUUAAAUAGGUCCUAAACCAAUUUAGGCCAACCCACCUCUCCAGUCUGCCCAGAAGGACAUCAUGGUCAAGAGUGUCUAAUGCAGCACUUAAAUCCAAGUGUACAAGGACAGAGAGCUGUUUGGUAUCUGCUUUGGCUCUAAGAUCAUUUACCACUUUAACUAUGGCUGUCUGUGGUGGGCCCGAAAACCAGAUUGGAAGUUUUCAAAAAUACUAUUAUUUAAUUGUUUGAAAACACAUUUCUCCAGAAUUGUGCUUAAAAAUGGAAGGUUGGAGAUUGGCCAAAAAUUGCUAAGAGCUGAAGAAUCUAGAUUACUUUUCUUCAGAAGGGGUUUCACCAUAGCAGUUUUUAGUGCAGUGGGGAAAGUGCCUGUGAACAGGGAGUGAUUAACAAUAGCUUGCACUUCUUCAGCUAUGCAAGUAAAAACUGUUUUGAAGAAGGUGGUGGGGAUAGGAUCGAGAAGGCAGGUAGAAGGCUUUAGUUUUGAGCAUGUCUGUGUCAACCAGGGAAAAUAAAUCCAUAGUGCCUUUGCGUGGUAGGCUAGGGCACAUAUCAAACUUCUCAUCAGGUCUUGCUUGACUGAUACCCAGCCUAAUGUUUUAUCUUACCUCUGCAGCAUAUUUCAAACUCUUCACAUUUAGAUGUGGAGGAAAGUUCACAUGGGUUUGCAGGGGUAGUAUUUAUGGUCGAGAAGAGCACGCUCAAAUUAUUCUGAUUAAAUUAGCCUGUCUGGCAUUUCUAAUUGCCUUGUUAUAUAUACCAAGUUGCUCUCCCAGAAUAUCAUAAUGGACCUGCAACUUUGACUUUCUCCACUUCCGCUCUACCUUUCUGCCAUUUCUCUUUAAUUUGUUCCCUCACUCAUCCAAGGUGCUCUCUGUUUGGAUGUGGCCUUUUUCAACUUUACUGGAGCUAUGGAAUCAAUGGUUGCCUGUAAUUUGCUAUUAAACUUAUCAACUAAAUCAUCACAAGAGGAAGGCCGACUAGGUUAUCGAGUGUUGUUAAUACACUCAAUAAAAUCUGUAGCAACUUCAGAGGUAAGAUAGCUUUUCUUAAUGCGUUCAGUGUUACCCUGUGCUAUGGUCAACAAUGUAGUAAAAAAUGCACAGUGGUGAUCAGAUAAAGCAACAUCAACAAUAGAGGAUAUGUCAAUAGAAAGCUCCUUGGUAAUAACCAGGUCCAGAGUAUGGCCGCAGUUAUGGGUGGGCCCAGUAACAUGUUGGAUAAAGUCCAUAGAGCUCAAAAGAUUCAUAAAUUCAAUGGCCUUGGAGUCAACAUGAAUAUUAAAAUCACUCAACACAAUGAUUUUAUCAUAGUUCUCAAGGACAAUAGACAAUAGUUCAGGAAAUCAGUAAAGAAAGUGGGGCAGUGCUUUGUUGGCCUAUACAGGGUUUUGGCCAGCACUGGUGGCUGACAUUUAAACAGUAUAGCAUGAUGCUCAAAGACCCAAAGUUGCCAAAUUAAAUGUCCUGAGAGCAUUAAUAAAAAUAGAGGCUGGCGUCCCACCCAUUUCCCCUUUUAUGAUAGAGUAUGAAAAGCUGUAGUCCAGGGGGAGGCUUCAAUAAGGGCGGCACUACAGUCUGAAGACAGCCACGUUUCAGUGAGAAACAUGCAAUCAACUUUGCGCUCAGUAAUGAGGUCAUUCACGAGAGAGGUUUUACUAGUGAUUGCGCUAACAUUUUAAAAGUGUCAUAUUCAAUGAGUGUGGGCCACUCUGCCCCUGGGGCAUCUGCCUAGAGGUAACCAAUGGAAUAACAACCAAAUUAUUAGCGUUACAACCACGUUUUCUGACCGUCUCCAAUCAGUCAGAAUGGUAGGAGAUGACAGUUUCUAUAAACUCACUAGAAGGCGGAGUUAAAGGAACAUAAAUUAGGUUACUCACAAUAACCAUAGUGCCAUUUCUAUAGGAGUUGAUAUGGUUUCCAAGUCCUCUUGCUUAUUCUGACAGGGAGAACUGGAGCACUACCAGACCCUGUCUGUUAGUCUCUAAAACCGUUUACAAUGUUGCUGGAAAUAAUCCUGGAACGCCUGCGGCUAUGGUGAAUCCCGUCUCUUUUAAAAAGUGCUGGUCGCUCCCACAUCAAAUCAAAGUUGUCACAAAAAGAGACAUUCCUGUCGUUGCAAAGUUUCUUCAGGUACUCGUUUAGGGCAAAGAGUCCGCUGAAACGUUCCGAACCCCUCUGGUAGCACGGGAGGUGGCCAGGCGAUAAUUAUUAUCUUCCCUGUGCUAGUGAGGGUCUUUAAUAAAUGUUUGUAGUCCUCUCUCAGAUCGCCGAAAACUAAGGUCGUUACAACCUACGUGAGUGACGAUGGUGUCAAUAUUGGAGUAGUUGGCCAGAACCGUGGGCAGGAGAGAGUUGGACACGGGAUCCUGGGUGACAGUGGACCUUCGUUAGCUGCCCACAAUGAUGGUGGUCAUAAUGGAAUCCGAUGGGGAAACGACCUGCUGAACUGUGGCGGCCUUGGGGGUGGGUGCCACUGGGCGGCCGUUGGCUAUUGGUAUACACCCAUGAUCCGUGCUGACUCCCAGGGCUGGUAGGUCCGUCUCAAGCAGGGCAAAGCUGUUCGAUAGCUGGAUCGGAUCUUCUCGGAUAGAUGGGUGCCCAGACUGCCUUCCUGAUCUCCUAUGCCUUGCGAGUGUCCAGUCUCCCUUGGGCCGCAGAGUUGAGUUUAACAUCUUGUCUGUUGGAUUGGGACAGAUCAACACCGCCUGACUCAUUGACAGCUUUGCUAUAGGAGGCAUUUAAAACGGAGAUUUGGUUUGCCUGAGUAACAGCAAGGUCGGUGUACUUAGAAAGCAGGUUUUCCUUUUCUCGCAGCCGAGCGAACAGCCAGAGGAUCUCUUCCCUAAGAUGCUUGAUGGUGGUGCAUUUAGAACAGACAAAUCCCUGUCCAUUUUCCAGUUCCACCUCAUCUUCAUCAGUUGCAGGUGGUUCUACAAAAAACACAAAUUCAGAAAGAUUACAUCCAUGUUUUGUAUCGAGUGAAAUAGGCCUCUUGCAUGUCUAUAGAUCUUUGUUUUGGUCUCACUGUGUGAUGCUGUCAUCUACUUCUACACAUGGCCGUGUCGCAUAGAAACGACUAGCCCAACCGGCCGGCAGAUGGCGCUAUUAUUCAUUUAACAUCAUCUGUCUAAAUGGACUGUAUGCAGCCGGCUAUACACUCAUGUCCCCCCGGCGAUGGCUCCUACAUAAAACAUCCUCCAUUCAGGCAGCAAUGGCAUUGAUUUCCUCGUUAACUAGCUUUAAUGGCGAGCCCCAAAAAAUAAAAAAUAAUUAAAGAAUCUUAAAGAAUUGUGGUUAAAUUAGUGGUUAAUGCUACUUCUGGAUGUUGCACACUGUUCAGCCAGGGGUAAACAACAAACUGCGGCAACCUGAUUGGCUGAACAUCAGGAAGAAGCAUUAGCCAUUAGCGUGGUGGAAAGUUGUUUUAUUAAAGAUAGUGUGCAUAUUUUCUUUUUACAUUUACAGGCGGCUCACCAUUAAAGCUCGUUAAGUAGAUAACCGACACUUGCAGCCUGAAUGGAGGAUGUUUUAUGUACGAGCCGGUCGCCGGGGAACACGUGUAUAGCUGGCUGCAUACAGUCCAGUUGUACGCAGAUGACAAACAAUGUAAAAGGAAUAAUAGCCGGCCGGUUGGGCUAAGAAACGACUAGUUCCUGCAAAAAUGCUGGGAAAUGCUAGAUGUGCGGCAGCUAAGAUGGGGAGGAACCUCCCGCACUACAAAACAUGGUUUUAAUGUUUCCGAGUUUUCGCUGGGUUUUGUAGAACCACCUGCAACUGAAAACUGAUAUUUAUAAGAUACUUUCCUAGUUUUCGAUGAAAAGUAUCACCAAGACCCAUGGGGCGGCGCACAAUUGGCCCAGCGUCGUCCAGGGUAGGGGAGGGAAUGGCCGGCAGGGGAUGUAGCUCAGUUGGUAGAGCAUGGCGUUUGCAACGCCAGGGUUGUGGGUUCGAUAAAAUAAUGUAUGCGCUAACUAAGUCGCUCUGGAUAAGAGCGUCUGCUAAAUGACUAAAAUGUAAAAAAUGUAAGACCAGGUUAGUUGAAAAAUCUAUGGCGUCUGUUUGUAUGGAGCUUUCAUGUGACGCCCAGUAAUGGACACCAAAAAUCUUUGUACACCAAAUAAUGUGAUAAAACCAAUCUGUAGAUAGCAGGACGGGUAGCUAGCUAGAAAUAUCCAGAUAGAGAGAUGGCUAGCUAUCUGCUAGAUGGCAACCUACAACUUACAGGAGAAGACCCAUCCCAUUUUCUCUGGUAUCGAAGAGAUCACCUUGAAUACGUGACCGAUCGGCAUAGUGUACCACCGCUCGUGUGGAUUCCCUGUCGUUGGCUGUGGUCUAGCCAAGGAAAAUGAUCUCCUUGCCCUCCUCUCCUCAGACGGCCUUGUAGCGGCACUGUCUUUCUCCUGUCUCCCCUCGUCUGUCCAUCUUACAGCAAACACCUUGCAAAGAAGCACAUACCGAUAAGCAUGGUCUCUAUCUUAUUUUGAUCCAGGUUUCUUUUUGCCUACUACUACAACGUGCCGUCGCCCAAGCAUGCAGUGAGCUUAUGGCACUGAAAGAUGUGUCAGAGGGGAAAUGUUAAUUAGCGAUGUCAACACAGGAUUUUACAUUUCCUUUCAUAAAACAGAGAGAAAAGACUAACAUUAGAAGGAACGAUGGUGACCUUACCAAAGUAUGUUUUUAUCAGAGAUGGUUUCCAAUGUCGUUAUAGCAGCUUUGGUUUUUAUCUGCGUUUCUCUGUGACGCUUCCAGCUAAUAAUGUGCUGAAGUGCUGGGCCCUCCUUGCUUCCUCCCUCGUAGGCUUGUCACUAAUUAGGAAUGAGUGGACAGGUGAAAGCCAUGUGGUGGAGGAGCCCUAGUGAUCACCUGUCUAAUCAAUGAUUACUUCAAGGAAUGGAUGAAGGAAGGAUGCAUUUGACCUUUUUGGUUGCCAACCACCAUUAACAAAUAAAAUAAGGAUGCAGUUUAAGAAAUAUAAACAGGUCUGGAUUUACUCCCCACCAAUCCUUCUUAGCAAAACGUAAUUGAAGCUUGCAGGUGGGUGCAAUUAAGUAUCAGGUAGAAGAGAAAACCAGCAGGCUCUGGACCUCGUAGGGUAAGGGUUGAAUACCCCUGGCCUAAAUUCAGCUUUACCCAACCCUGUGCACCGGUUGGUAGACCAGGGCACAAAACGAGCGACAUUUUUCUAAAUUCUUCCAAAUCCUCUUUCAACAGGCUGGCUCUCAGCCCAAGUACCCUGCCACAAACCUGGCCUUACAGAACUUUGAUGCCACCUACAGCCUACAGCUGAGAGAGCAGUGGCCCUCUGUCCGCGUCAGCAUGCUUUGUGAGCAGAAGUACGGGGCCCUGGUAAACAACUUCGCCACCCCAGAAGGGGUCAUCGCAGACCUGCAGUCCCAGGGAUGUAGAGACUUUGUCAGCCAACCAGUUGGUGGAGGAGCUCUGGAGAGACUGCAGGCGCCUGGAUUUCCUCCCCACGAUAACUCUUCAACCAUCGAGUCUGUUGGUGUCAGUCAAGAUGUGGCUCCUCCUCACCUCAGCACCAAUAUCAAGUGCUUUGUUUUCCCCGGGGGAGACAUCUCCAGAUUCAAGCCUUCUAGGUGAGAUUUGCAACGCUUCUUUUACAGACACGAGAGAGGAAAAUGCUGAAAUCUGGGCUUCAGUCUGUUUCAUCAUCACAAUUUACUGAAGCUACUUGUCUCCUACAGUGAGGGGAAAAAAGUAUUUGAUCCCCUGCUGAUUUUGUACAUUUGCCCACUGACAGACAUGAUCAGUCUAUAAUUUUAAUGGAUUGUUUAUUUGAACAGUGAGAGACAGAAUAACAACAAAAAAAUCCAGAAAAACGCAUGUCAAAAAUGUUAUACAUUUAUUUGCAUUUUAAUGAGGGAAAUAAGUAUUUGACCCCUCUGCAAAACAUUACUUAGUACUUGGUGGCAAAACCCUUGUUGGCAAUCACAGAGGUCAGAGGUUUCUUGUAGUUGGCCACCAGGUUUGCACACAUCUCAGGAGGGAUUUUGUCCCACUCCUCUUUGCAGAUCUUCUCCAAAUCAUUAAGGUUUUGAGGCUGACGUUUGGCAACUCGAACCUUCAGCUCCCUCCACAGAUUUUCUAUGGGAUUAAGGUCUGGAGACUGGCUAGGCCACUCCAGGACCUUAAUGUGCUUCUUCUUGAGCCACUCCUUUGUUGCCUUGGCUGUGUGUUUUGGGUCAUUGUCAUGCUGGAAUACCCAUCCACGACCCAUUUUCAAUGCCCUGGCUGAGGGAAGGAGGUUCUCACCCAAGAUUUGACGGUACAUGCCCCCGUCCAUCGUCCCUUUGAUGCAGUGAAGUUGUCCUGUCCCCUUAGCAGAAAAACACCCCCAAAGCAUAAUGUUUCCACCUCCAUGUUUGACGGUGGGGAUGGUGUUCUUGGGGUCAUAGGCCGCAUUCCUCCUCCUCCAAACACGACGAGUUGAGUUGAUGCCAAAGAGCUCGAUUUUGGUCUCAUCUGACCACAACACAUUCACCCAGUUCUUCUCUGAAUCAUUCAGAUGUUCAUUGGCAAACUUCAGACGGGCCUGUAUAUGUGCUUUCUUGAGCAGGGGGACCUUGCGGGCGCUGCAGGAUUUCAGUCCUUCACGGCGUAGUGUGUUACCAAUUGUUUUCUUGGUGACUAUGGUCCCAGCUGCCUUGAGAUCAUUGACAAGAUCCUCCUGUGUAGUUCUGGGCUGAUUCCUCACCGUUCUCAUGAUCAUUGCAACUCCACGAGGUGAGAUCUUGCAUGGAGCCCCAGGCUGAGGGAGAUUGACAGAUAUUUUGUGUUUCUUCCAUUUGCGAAUAAUCGCACCAAUUGUUGUCACCUUCUCACCAAGCUGCUUGGCGAUGGUCUUGUAGCCCAUUCCAGCCUUGUGUAGGUCUACAAUCUUGUCCCUGACAUCCUUGGAGAGCUCUUUGGUCUUGGCCAUGGUGGAGAGUUUGGAAUCUGAUUGAUUGAUUGCUUCUGUGGACAGGGGUCUUUUAUACAGGUAACAAACUGAGAUUAGGAGCACUCCCUUUAAGAGUGUGCUCCUAAUCUCAGCUCGUUACCUGUAUAAAAGACACCUGGGAGCCAGAAAUCUUUCUGAUUGAGAGGGGGUCAAAUACUUAUUUCCCUCAUUUAAAAUGCAAAUUAAUUUAUAACAUUUUUGACAUGCGUUUUUCUGGAUUAUUUUGUUAUUGUCUCUCACUGUUCAAAUAAACCUACCAUUAAAAUUAUAGACUGAUCAUUUCUUUGUCAGUGGGCAAACAUACAAAAUCAGCAGGGGAUCAAACACUUUUUUCCCUCACUGUAUAUUGUGAUAUUAUUUGAUGCCAAGUUGUAUGAUUUUAAAUUCCCAUUCUCGUCCUAGACCCGACUUGUAUGGUAUGCUUGGGUACUACCUCAUGGAUGCGGCGUCCGUUUUGCCUGCCCUAGCCCUGGAUGUCCAGGAAGGACACACUGUGCUGGACGUCUGUGCCGCCCCAGGGGGCAAGACCCUGGCCCUGCUCCAGACACAGGCCAUCCGUAAGACGGUCUAGCAGAUAUGAUGCAAACACAUUGUUGUAGUUCUGUCUAAUUCACAGACUGGUAAAGCUUUUUUUUCCAGUCCUAUUUCAGUUUGCAUUGAUCUGGUGUUUAUUUGUUAUGGCAUGUUUUUCAGGAUUUAUGUGUGUCAAUGACAUCUCAGUGUCUCGUACCUACCGUCUCCAGCGGGUCCUCAACAGCUAUGUUCCCAAAGAGCUGUUGACAGAAGAAAGAAUGCGCAUUACUUCCUUUGACGGCAGGAAAUGGGGAGAAAUCGAAAGGGACACCUUUGACAGAGUAAGUACUGAGAUUAUUUGACAACAUUUGUUGGUUUUAUAAAAAAUUCUGCAAUGUAAGACAUUACUGGGCCUUUCCAUGUAAAAGGACCCAACCCAUGAGCUUCAACGUGAAGAUCAUUAGGAAUAUGUCAAAUCUGGUGUCAAAUGAAAGCUAUUAGUAUAUUUUUGUGAAAUUAAGGCAUAUAUAGAUUUUAAACUAUUUUUUAUCUUAAAUAUUAGUAAUAAGGUAAGGCUUUGAUUUCUGGGCAAGUAGAUGGAAAAGGUGUCUUUGAAAACAUCUACCAGAAAAUGUCUUAAAAGGUAUUAGAAAUACAUUAAAACACAGUAAUGUUGGAGAAAAGACCCCUGCCAACUAAUAUCAACACUUAUAUUUACACUGAACAAAAAUAUAAACGCAACAUGUAAAUUGUUGGUCCCAUGUUUAAUGAACUGAAAUGAAAAAUCCCAGAAAUGUAAUGUAUGCACAAAAAGCUUAUUUCUCUAAAUGUUUUUACACAAAUUUGUUUACAUCCCUGUUAGUGAGCAUUUCUCCUUUGCCAAGAUAAUCCAUCCACCUGACAGGUGUGGCAAGGAGCUGAUUAAACAGUGUGGUCAUUACACAGGUGCAUGUUGUGCUGGGGACAAUAAAAGGCCACUCUAAAAUGUGCAGAUUUGUCACACAACACAAUGCCACAGAUGUGUCAAGUUUUGAGGGAGAUGCAAUUGGCAUGCUGACUGCGGGAAUGUCCACCAGAGCUGUUGCCAGAUCAUUUGGUUAAUUUCUCUACCAUAAUCCACCUCCGUCGUUUUAGAGAAUUUUGCAGUACGUCCAACCGGCCUCACAACCGCAGACCACGUGUAACCACGCCAGCCCAGGACCUCCACAUCCGGCUUCUUCACCUGCGGGAUCGUCUGAGACCAUCCACCCGGACAGCUCACGAAACUGUGGGUUUUCACAACUGAAGAAUUUCUGCAGAAACUGUCGUACCGUCUCAGGGAAGCUCAUCUGCGUGCAUGUCGUCCUCACCAGGGUCUUAACCUGACUGCAGUUCGGCGUCGUAACCAACUUCAGUGGGCAAAUGCUCUCCUUCGAUGGCCACUGGCACGGUGGAGAAGUGUGCUCUUCAUGGAUGAAUACCGGUUUCAACUGGACCGGGCAGAUGGCAGACCGGUUGUAUGGCAUUGUGAGGGUGAGCGAUUUGCUUAUGUCAACGUUGUGAACAGAAUGGGAUUAUGUUAUGGGCAGGCAUAAACUACUGACAAAGAAAAUACAAUUGCAUUUUAUCUUCGGCAAUUUGAAUGCACAGAGAUACCGUGGAUGAGAUCCUGAGGCCCAUUGUCGUGCCGUUCGUCUGCUGCCAUCACCUCAUGUUUCAGCAUGAUGAUGCAUGGCCCCAUGUCGCAAGGAUCUGUACACAAUUCCUGGAAGCUGAAAAUGUCCCAGUUCUUCCAUGGCCUGCAUACUCACCAGACAUGUCACCUAUUGAGCAUGUUUGGGAUGCUCUGGAUCGACGUGUACGACAGCGUGUUCCAGUUCCGGCCAAUAUCCAGCAACUUCACACAGCCAUUGAAGAGGUGUGGGACAACAGUCCACAGGCCACAAUCAACAGUCUGAUCAACUCUAUGCGAAGGAGAUAUCGCGGUGCAUGAGGCAAAUGGUGGUCACACCAGAUACUAACUGUUUUUUUGUUUUGUUUCUAGUUGUGAUGUCUUCACUAUUAUUCUACAAUGUAGAAAAUAGUAAAAAUAAAGAAAAACCCUUGAAUGAGUAGGUGUGUCCAACCUUUUGACUGGUAUUGUAUAUCUAUUUGGUUUAAUAUAUUAAGUGAUUAAAAUUGGUAACAGAAUUUCUGAACAAUUACUAACGGAUUUACUGCAAUUGAUUUGACUACAAUGGGAAAUUAUAGUAGUCACAAACCAGAUGGGUCACCUGCUACAGUCCUCCCUUCCACUGUCAUACUGUUAUGUUCAGCUCAUUACUUUUCUUUCUCUCAUAUGGUGGUCAAAGCAAGUGUGAAAAUAGUCUGGACAAUCUCUCACGCACACUCACACAUAAACAUGAGCCCCCUCUCUUUCCAUUUACUGUAACCAGCAUCCUCACUCACUGAACACCGGAUGUCCAUGAACGUUGAAAAGUAGUUGAAAUUUGGUCAGUCCGCCCUGGCCUCGAUUUCAACGUCAACAGACGUUUCUUUUUUUUGUACUAUCUGGACCGGCCUUGAUUUGACCCAAACAUAGACGUCCAUGUUUGGUUCAGAUUGGGUCCAGUCCGGAACAAAUCUGAACCAAUCUUUUUUUUUUGUGAUCAAAUGUUUAUUUAGUAAUAAUAAUUGUCAGCAAACAUGAAUACAUACCUACAAAAGGAUGUUACACCCCCUUUUGUUUUAAAAGUAAAACAAAAGGAGAUACAGAAAUAUAAACGCAACGAUUUCAACGAUUUUACUGAGUUACAUUUCAUAUAAGGAAAUCAGUCAAUUGAAAUGAAUUCAUUAGGCCCUAAUCUACGGAUUUCACAUGGCAUGGGUGUGCCUGGGAGUGCAUACAGUGUAUUCGGAAAGUAUUCAGACCCCUUCACUUUUUCCACAUUUUGUUACGUUACAGCAUAAUUCUAAAAUUGAUUUAAAUUGUUUUUUUCCCUCAUCAAUCUACACACAAUACCCCAUAAUGACGAAGCAAAAACAGAUUUAGACAUUUUUGCAAAUUCAUUAAAAAUAAAGAAAUGAUAUCACAUUUACAUAAGUAUUCAGACCCUUUACUCAGUACUUUGUUGAAGCACCUUUGGCAGCGAUUAUAGCCAAAUUAUAGCCGAUUAUAGCUUCUUGGGUAUGACGCUACAAGCUUGGCACACCUGUAUUUGGGGAGUUUCUCACAUUCUUCUCUGCAGAUCCACGCAAGCUUUGUCAGGUUGGAUGGGGAGCGUCGCUGCACAGCUAUUUUCAGGUCUCUCCAGAGAUGUUCGAUCAGGUUCAAGUCCAGGCUCUGGCUGGGCCACUCAAGGACAUUCAGAGACUUGUCCUGAAGCCACUCCUGCGUUGUCUUGGUUGUGUGCUUAGGAUCGCGUUGUUCUGUUGGAAGGUGAACCUUCUCCCCAGUCUGUCCUGCUCUGGAGCAGGUUUUCAUCAAGUAUCUCUCUGUACUUUGCUCCGUUCAUCUUUCCCUCGAUCCGGACUAGUCUCCCAGUCCCUGCUGCUAAAAAAACAUCCCCACAUCAUGAUGCUUCCACCACCAUGCUUCACAGUAGCGAUGGUAUUAGCCAGGUGAUGAGCGGUGCCUGGUUUCCUCCAGACGUGACGUUUGGCAUUCAUGCCAAAGAGUUCAAACUUGGUUUCAUCAGACCAGAAAAUUUUGUUUCUCAUGGUCUGAGAGUCUUUUAGGUGCCUUUUGGCAAACUCCAAGUGGGCUGUCAUGUGCCUUUUACUGAGGAGUGGCUUCCAUCUGGCCAAUCUACCAUAAAGGCCUGAUUGGUGGAGUGUUGCAGAGAUUGUUGUCCUUCUGGAAGGUUCUCCCAUCUCCACAGAGUGGAGUGACCAAGUUUUUGGUCACCUCCCUGACCAAGGCCCUUCUCCCCUGAUUGCUCAGUUUGGCCGGACGGCCAGCUCUCGGAAGAGUGUUGGUUCCAAACUUCUUCCAUUUAAGAAUGAUGGAGGCCACUGUGUUAUUGGGGACCUUCAAUGCUGCAGGCAUUUUUUGGUACCCUUCCCCAGAUCUGUGCCUUGACACAAUCCUGUCUCGGAGCUCUGCAGACAAUUCCUUCGACCUCAUGGCUUGCUUUUUGCUCUGACAUGCUGCACUGUCAACUGUGGGACCUUAUCUAGACAGGUGUGUGCCUUUCCAAAUCAUGUCCAAUCAAAUGAAUUUACCACAGGUGGACUCCAAUCAAGUUGUAGAAAUAUCAAGGAUGAUCAAUGGAAACAGGAUGCACCUGAGCUCAAUUUCUAGUCUCAUAGCAAAGGGUCUGAAUACUUAUGUAAAUAAGGUAUUUGUUUUUAUUUUUAAUAAAUUUGCAAACAUUUCUAAACCUGUUUUCGCUUUGUCAUUAUGGGGUAUUGUGUGUAAAUUGAGGAACAAUUUUUAUUUAAUUUUAGAAUAAGGCUGUAACCUAACAAAAUGUUGAAAAUCUGAAGGGGUCUGAAUACUUUCUGAAUGCACUGUAGGCCCACCCACUUGGGAGCCAGGUCCACCCACUGGGGAGCCAGGCCCAGCCAAUCAGAAAUAGUUUUUCCCCACAAAAGGGCUUCAUUACAGACACAAAUACUCCUCAGUUUCAUCAGCUGUCCGGAUGGCUGGUCUCAGACGUUCCUGCAGGUUUAGAAUUCGGAUGUGGAGGUCCUGGGCUGGCGUGGUUGCACGUGGUCUGCAAUUGUGAGGCCGGUUGGACAUAUUGCCAAAUUCUCUAAAACGAAGUUGGAGGCGGCUUAUGGUAGAGAAAUGCACAUUAAAUUCUCUGCCAACAGCUCUGGUGGACAUUCCUGCUGUCCGCUUGCCAAUUGCACGCUCCCUCAAAACUUGAGACAUCUGCACAUUUUAGUGACCUUUUAUUGUCCCCAGCACAAAGUGCACCUGUGUAAUGAUCAUGCUGUUUAAUAAACUUUUUGGUAUGCCACACCUGUCAGGUGGAUGAAUUAUCUUGGCAAAUGAGAAAUGCUCAAUAACAGGGAUAUAAACAAAUAUGUGCACAAAAUUUGAGAAAUAAGGUUUUCGUACGUAUGGAAAAUGUCUGGGAUCUUUUAUUUCAACUCAUGAAACAUGGGACCAUCACUUUACGUGUUGCGUUUAUAUUUUUGUUCUGUAUAGAUACCAGAGGGCAUUCCCAAGCCAGGUUCAUUAUGAUGGCACUAUGUACAGGAAGCAUCAUUCAAAAAUGUUCACUUGAAACAGCUUACGAGGAGUUAGAUAAGUCCUCCGUACAAAAUUAUAAUGGAGCUGUUGAUCAGGAUUCUGAGACGAUUGUCGAAUAUUAGAUCACACGCGGUCCCAAUUUAAAAUAUUGAUCCAAACCUGGAAGGUCUCUUUUCCAUAGAGUAUCGAGAGGAAGAGGUUUAUACGAAGUUGACAGUAAAUGAUACAUUUGGAAACUAGACCCUUUUGUUUUGCUCGUUAAACUCAGUCUUAUGCAUAGGAUGUUGCGUCAAAGCUGACUGCCAAGGAACACCAUGAGCCCCAAGGGCAGGCCUAAGGUGUAAAUAAAAGAAAGAUGAUGAGGCAGGUAGUUUUAAAUCUAUCUUUAAGAUCUUGGAAUGAACGAAGGCAAUCAUCCCUGUAGAUAUCACCUAAUACAUGAAUUCUCCUACUCUUCCAUUGAGGAAAAUGUAUUUGUUGAUGACCAAGUAAAAGACCUGAGUUGGGUGAAAAUAGGGGAACCCACAUUCCAUUUACAUGAGAUAUUACAUCAUUUUUCUGCGGUGCGCCAGGUAACCUGCUUUGUUAUAGUGGGACCAAAGCGUAGCUUGCAUUGUUUUAUAUAAAUAUUCAAAAAUAGGAGAUCUUGGAGUCUCCAAGGGUGCACCAAACUUCCCUCCAAAGCACGCCAUGACACAGUAGAGGAGGAAUCAAACCAGGUGACUAGAGGGCAUAAACUAAAAGACCAGUAAUAUAGUUAAACAUUUGAAAGAGAGAAACUUCCAUCUAGUGUACCCCUUUGUAUUGUUGAGAACUUCACAUGCGGGUGUUUGCCCUUCCAAAUGAACUUGGAGAUAGCUGAAUGUAGUUUACUCCAGUAUCCCACAGGGGGAGCAAGCGGCAACAUUGAGCUGAAAGAUUUUACACAGGGAAGCACAUUCAUUUUAAUAAUAGCAAUUCGAGUUCGAAGUUGUAGUGUAGUUACUCUUAGCAAUAACAUUUAAGGAGGGGGAGAUUUCAAUACCAAUAUAUUUGAAAUGCUGAACUACUGGCAUAAAAGCAGGAAGGCUGGCGGACUUUGCAGCAUCAUUGAGUGGCAAUAGCGCAGAUUUCAGCCAUUUGAUCUUAAAACCCGAUAAGCUACCAAAAUGAUCAAAUAUCGAUAACAGUUGAGGAAUAGACUUAGAUGCAUCCUCAACAAACAGCAAUACGUCAUCGGCAUAUAGAGAGAUAUGAUGUGGAUUGUUAUCGGCGAGACAAGGGUAGACUGACGUACAGUCUGGGCUGAAGGUUCAAGAGAGCGGGAGAAAAGCAGUGGCAACAGUGGGCAUCCCUGGCAACUUCCUCUAGAAACAGGAAAUAGAGGAGAGCAAUUCUUACCUGUCAAAACCAUUGCUGUUGGAUUGACAUAGAGCACCUUUCAUUAAAAUGAACCCAUUACCAACGCCCAUAGCCUCAAGAAAAUACCAUAGAUAUGGCCAUUCAAUGCAUCCAGUGAAAGUACUGCAGCAGGAGAUUUAAAAUGUAUAUUUCCUAUUUUGUUGCCUUACAACCUGAAAUUAAAAAUGAUUUUUGGGGGGUUUGUCUCAUUUGAUUUACACAACAUGCCUACUACUUUGAAGAUGCAGAAUAUUUUUUAUUGUGGAACAAACAAGAAAUGAGACACAAAAUUGCAGCAAUUACAGCUGCAAGUCUUGGGGUAUGUCUCUAUAAGCUUGGCACAUUUAGCCACUGGCAUGUUUGCCCAUUGUUCAAGGCAAGACUGUUCCAGCUCCUUCAAGUUGGAUUGGUUCCGCUGGUGUACAGCAAUCUGUAAGUCAUACCACAGAUUCUAAAUUGGAUUGAGGUCUAGGCUUUGACCAGGCCAUUCCAAGACAUUUAAAUGUUUCCCUUAAACCACUCGAGUGUUGCUUUAGCAGUAUGCUUAGGGUCAUUGUCCUGCUGGAAGGUGAACCUCCAUCCCAGUCUCAAAUCUCUGGAAGACUAAAACAGGUUUCCCUCAAGAAUUUCCCUGUAUUUAGCGGCAUCCUUCAAUUCUGCCCAGUUUCCCAGUCCCUACCGACGAAAAACAUCCCCACAGCAUGAUGCUGCCACCACCAUGCUUCACUGUGGGGAUGGUGUUCUCGGGGUGAUGAGAAGUGUUGGGUUUGCACUAGACAUAGCGUUUUCCUUGAUGGCCAAAAAGCUCAAUUUUAGUCUCAUCUGACUAGAGUACCUUCUUCCAUAUGUUUGCGGAGUCUCCCACAUGACUUUUGGUGAACACCAAACGUGUUUGCUUAUUUUUUCUAUAAGCAAUGGCUUUUUUCUGGCCACUCUUCUGUAAAGCCCAGCUCUGUGGAGUGUACGGCUUAAAAUGGUCCUAUGGACAGAUCCUCCAAUCUCCGCUGUGGAGCUUUGCAGCUCCGUCAGGGUUAUCUUUGAUCUCUUUGUUGCCUCUCUGAUUUAAUGCCCUCCUUGCCUGGUCCGUGAGUUUUGGUGGGCGGCCCUCUCUUGGCAGGUUUGUUGUGGUGCCAUAUUCUUUCAAUUUUUUAAUAAUGGAUUUAAUGGUGCUCUGUGGGAUGUUCAAAGUUUCUGAUAUUUUUUUAUAACCCAACCCUGAUCUGUACUUCUCCACAACUGUGUCCCUAACCUGUUUGGAGAGCUCCUUGGUCUUCAUGGUGCCCAUUUGCUUGGUGGUGCCCCUUGCUUGGUGGUGCCCCUUGCUUAGUGGUGCUGCAGACUCUGGGGCCUUUCAGAACAGGUGUGUGUAUAUAUACUGAGAUCAUGUGACAGAUCAUGUGACACUUAGAUUGCACACAAGUGGACUUUAUUUACCUAAUUAUGUGACUUCUGAAGGUAAUUGGUUGCACCAGAUCUUAUUUAGGGGCUUCAUAGCAAAGAGGGUGAAUACAUAUGCACGCACCACUUUUCUGUUAUUUAUUUUUCUGACGUUUUUGAAACAAGUUAUUUUUUUCAUUUCACUUCACCAAUUUCGACUAUUUUGUGUAUGUCUAUUACAUGAAAUCCAAAUAAAAAUCCAUUUAUAUUACAGGUUGUAAUGCAACAAAAUAUGAAAAAAACGCCAAGGGGGAUGAAUACUUUUGCAAGGCACUGUAUGGGCUUGGAUGCGCCGAGAGAGCACCUUAGCAUAGAUCUUAACAUCGGAGUUGAGCAACGACCAAGGUCUAAAAUUGCCUCAGUUGGGUCCUUUUUUCAAUAGGAGAGAGAGAACUGUAAUAUUAAUGUUCCUAGAGAAAGAGCCUUCAUUAAUGGAAAACUGCAUCAUGUCUAACAGUAAGGUGCCCAAAUGUUUCUCUUCAAACUGCAAACUAAAACCCUAAUUUCUUACUAAUGUAUUGUUAAAGCGCCAUCUGGCAGCGCGAGAAGGAGAAUCACCCAGAGAUACUGAGCACACGACAGCCCCGUGAUCAGAGAGAGCAAUGGUUAACAGAGAAGAAUUUGAUAUAUUUGAAGAAAAAAUAUUUCGUUGCAAAAAUGAAAUAAAUCCUAGAGAAAGAUUUAUGUCUAGAAGAAAGACAAGAAAUCUCUAACUUAAGGAUUAACAGUGUGCCAAACAUCAAUAACACCUGUGUCAUUAGCCCAAGCACGCAGAGCAUGGGUUGCCAGCCUCUCUCUGCUCACCACUUUCAUUUACACUAGUCCUGUCUAAAUCAUGAUUAAAAUCGCCUCCUUUUAUGAAACGGUGAUCUGUCAAAUCCUAAAAAGUUGUUGUUCAACAAGUCAUAGAAUUCCCUUUCGAAACAGUUAGGAAAAUUGCUCUUGUAUCGGCAUAUGCACCAAUUAGAUACAGUGAGGGGAAAAAAUAAUAUGAUCCCCUGCUGAUUUUGUACGUUUGCCCACUGACAAAGACAUGUUCAGUCUAUAAUUUUAAUGGUAGGUUUAUUUGAGCAGUGAGAGACAGAAUAACAACAAAAAAAUCCAGAAAAACGCAUGUCAAAAAUGCUAUAAAUUUAUUUGCAUUUUAAUGAGGGAAAUAAGUAUUUGACCCCUCUGCAAAACAUGACUUAGCACUUGGUGGCAAAACCCUUGUUGGCAAUCACAGAGGUCAGACAUUUCUUGUAGUUGGCCACCAGGUUUGCACACAUCUCAGGAGGGAUUUUGUCCCACUCCUCUUUGCAGAUCUUCUCCAAGUCAUUAAGGUUUUGAGCCUGACGUUUGGCAACUCGAACCUUAAGGUCCCUCCACAGAUUUUCUAUGGGAUUAAGGUCUGAAGACUGGCUAGGCCACUCCAGGACCUUAAUGUGCUUCUUCUUGAGCCACUCCUUUGUUGCCUUGGCUGUGUGUUUUGGGUCAUUGUCAUGCUGGAAUACCCAUCCACGACCUAUUUUCAAUGCCCUGGCUGAGGGAAGGAGGUUCUCACCCAAGAUUUGACAGUACGUGGCCCCGUCCAUCGUCCCUUUGAUGCGGUGAAGUUGUCCUGUCCCCUUAGCAGAAAAACACCCCCAAAGCAUAAUGUUUCCACCUCCAUGUUUGACGGUGGGGAUGGUGUUCUUGGGGUCAUAGGCAGCAUUCCUCCUCCAAACACGACGAGUUGAGUUGAUGCCAAAGAGCUCGAUUUUGGUCUCAUCUGACCACAACACUUUCACCCAGUUCUCCUCUGAAUCUUUCAGAUGUUCAUUGGCAAACUUCAGACGGGCCUGUAUAUGUGCUUUCUUGAGCAGGGGAACCUUGCGGGCGCUGCAGGAUUUCAGUCCUUCACGGCGUAGAGUUUUAUUUGAUCAAUAACCAUGAUUUUAAGAUUGCGCCGUGCCACUAUAGCCACUCCUUUAGAUUUCUUAGCCUCUUCCUCAGCAGCUAUCACAUGACAACUUUAUUUUCUCCUAAUACGCUCGUCCGUUUAUGUGGCAGAUUUAUGCCACCUGAAUAAAAAUGUAUGAGAUUAGGGUCCGUCAUUAAGUUAUACUUAAAUCCGAGCUGGUUCUCUAGUAAAUUAGUAUGAUUGUCUCACAUGUUCAAGAAUGGCCUUUUCCCCUUUUUUCAGAUUACAACCUCUCACUUUCAGUUAUUUGAAAAGGAAAUAAUCUCCCAAAUAUCACUAUUUCUAAAACAAGCCAUAGAAAGUUGGUUGCAAUUUCAAUUUAAUCCUCCAGAAACUACAGAACAAAUAAUGCAACAAAUAUUGUGGUUAAACUCAAAUAUACUAAUUGAUAAAAAAACAUUAUAACAAAUAUAUUUAUAUAUAGAUAAUCUUUGUAAAUGAUAUCAUAGGUAGAACUGGUGGAGUUAUGUCGCACAUGCAGCGAACAAAAACAUAUGGAAAUGUCUGCUCUACCCAAAAUUACAACCACAUAAUUGCAGCAUUACCGCAAAAAUGGAAGAGGAAAGUGGAAAGGGGAAAAAGGAACUUGUCUGUCGGCCCUGCAUUAAAGACCAUAAUUGGUUAAAGAAAAUUGUGAUAAAUAAAAAAGUAUACCAGUUUCAUUUAAGGACCGAAGGAUUGACAGCUGUCCCAUAAAGAAUUCAAAAUAGUUGGGAAGAGAUUUUUGACGUACCGAUUCCAUGGCAAAUGGUUUAUGAACUGAUACGCAAAACGACGCCGGAUAAAAAAACGUACGAUUUUUCAAUUGAAAUUAUUAUAUAAAAUUCUUGCAACCAAUAGAAUGUUAUUUAUAUGGGGGAUACAAUCUUCCCAGCUCUGCAGAUUUUGCUGCGAAGAGACAGAAUCAUUAGAUCAUUUUGUUUUGGUACUGUCCAUUUGUAGCUUGUUUUUGGUCACAGGUCCAGGAAUGGCUGAAGGAUUGCAAUAUUUACCUGGAGCUAACCCUGCAGAUAGCACUAAUGGGUGAUCUGAAAAGUCAUAGUCAAUCGAUCAAUAAUAUAAUACAAUAAUACUUUUAGCAAAAAUGUUUAUUUUCAAUUUACAAUCUGUAGAAACAAUGAGUAGAAGGGUUCAGAACUUUUGUGAAACAUCACAGUACAGUUGAGAAAUAUAUGGCAAGUAGAAAUCCAAAAUGGAUGGUGUUAAGAAAUAGAUGGGAGGUGUUGAAUGGAGCUGAAGGUUGGGACUAAUAACAACUAAUAACAACAAAAUAACUAAUGUAAAACAUACUGUGUCCAUAAUAAGUAGGUUAUAGGUUGAGAGCUUUUGUGAAAAAGAGCACAGUUUGGGGGAUAUGGCAUGUAGAGGCACACCGGAUGGACAUAAUGAAAAUGAUCGGAGAGGUUGCGGGUAGAGGAAGUUCAGGAGUAAAAACAAACAAAAUAGAAUUAUUGUAAAAUUGACUGUGUCCAUAAAAUGUAUAUAGUAUUGUGGCGUACAGCAGGUCAGCCACCAGGGGGAGACUCGUCGAGGCCUGGUAACAGAUGGAGUAUACAUCACGAGGCGGUGGCUCCAUCUGCUGGACGUGCCAGGUCUCGACGGGCUCCCUGGAUAGGACUAAUUGGGGCUGAUUGGGUGCUGGUGAGUAAUUAAGGGCGGAUUGCUCACCAGCUGUGCAAGGCCCAUAAAGCUGCCAGAAGGGCAGCACAUGAGAGAGGACUGGGGGAAGUAAGAUAACUUCUGUGUAGUUGGAGACUGUAUCCUGGAGAGGGUCUCAUGGGGGAGACCUAUCCUUUUCUUUUGAUUAUUUUAUUAUUAAAUACCUUGAAACCGAGCUAAUCAUACUCUGUCCGUGUCUGAUCUGUGUAAACGUCUUGACCCAACACCCUGAUCUGCCACAGUAUGUAAAAGCUGGAAGUAGAGGCCUAAGCGUUGCUGUUCACUAGUUUACUCCAAUUAGGGGAGGGGUGGUGGGGUUGGAAACUAAUAAAGGAAAAUACAUUUUUAAAAAUGAUAUAUAUAUAUAUAUAUAUAUUACAGUGAGGGGAAAAAAGUAUUUGAUCCCCUGCUGAUGUUGUACGUUUGCCCACUUACAAAGACAUGAUCAGUCUAUAAUUUUAAUGGUAGGUUUAUUUGAACAGUGUGGUCCUCUGUAGCUCAGCUGGUAGAGCACGGCGCUUGUAACGCCAGGGUAGUGGGUUCGAUCCCCGGGACCACCCAUACACAAAAAUGUAUGCACACAUGACUGUAAGUUGCUUUGGAUAAAGCGUCUGCUAAAUGGCAUAUUAUAUUAUUAUAUUAUAACAGUGAGAGACAGAAUAACAAAACAAAAAUCCAGAAAAACGCAUGUCAAAAAUGUGAUAAAUUUAUUUGCAUUUUAAUGAGGGAAAUAAGUAUUUGACCCCUCUGCAAAACAUUACUUAGUACUUGGUGGCAAAACCCUUGUUGGCAAUCACAGAGGUCAGACGUUUCUUGUAGUUGGCCACCAGGUUUGCACACAUCUCAGGAGGGAUUUUGUUCCACUCCUCUUUGCAGAUCAUCUCCAAGUCAUUAAGGUUUCGAGGCUGACGUUUGGCAACUCGAACCUUCAGCUCCCUCCACAGAUUUUCUAUGGGAUUAAGGUCUGGAGACUGGCUAGGCCACUCCAGGACCUUAAUGUGCUUCUUCUUGAGCCACUCCUUUGUUGCCUUGGCCGUGUGUUUUGGGUCAUUUUCAUGCUGGAAUACCCAUCCACGACCCAUUUUCAAUGCCCUGGCUGAGGGAAGGAGGUUCUCACCCAAGAUUUGACGGUACAUGGCCCCGUCCAUCGUCCUUUUGAUGCGGUAAAGUUGUCCUGUCCCCUUAGCAGAAAAACACCCCCAAAGCAUAAUGUUUCCACCUCCAUGUUUGACGGUGGGGAUGGUGUUCUUGGGGUCAUAGGCAGCAUUCCUCCUCCUCCAAACACGGUGAGUUGAGUUGAUGCAAAGAGCUCAAUUUUGGUCUCAUCUGACCACAACACUUUCACCCAGUUCUUCUCUGAAUCUUUCAUAUGUUCAUUGGCAAACUUCAGACGGGCCUGUAUAUGUGCUUUCUUGAGCAGGGGGACCUUGAGGGCGCUUAAGGAUUUCAGUCCUUCACGGCGUAGUGUGUUACCAAUUGUUUUCUUGGUGACUAUGGUCCCAGCUGCCUUGAGAUCAUUGACAAGAUCCUCCUGUGUAGUCCUGGGCUGAUUCCUCACCGUUCUCAUGAUCAUUGCAACUCCAACGAGGUGAGAUCUUGCAUGGAGCCCCAGGCAGAGGGAGAUUGACAGUUAUUUUGUGGUUCUUCCAUUUGCGAAUAAUCGCACCAACUGUUGUCACCUUCUCACCAAGCUGCUUGGCGAUGGUCUUGUAGCCCAUUCCAGCCUUGUGUAGGUCUACAAUCUUGUCGCUGACAUCCUUGGAGAGCUCUUUGGUCUUGGCCAUGGUGGAGAGUGGAAUCUGAUUGAUUGAUUGCUUCUGUGGACAGGUGUCUUUUAUACAGGUAACAAGCUGAGAUUAGGAGCUCUCCCUUUAAGAGUGUGCUCCUAAUCUCAGCUCGUUACCUUUAUUAAAGACACCUGGGAGCCAGAAAUCUUUCUGAUUGAGAGGGGGUCAAAUACUUAUUUCCCUCAUUGAAAUGCAAAUCAAUUUAUAACAUUUUUGACAUGCGUUUUUCUGGAUUUUGUUGUUGUUAUUCUGUCUCUCACUGUUCAAAUAAAUCUACCAUUAAAAUUAUAGACUGAUCAUUUCUUUGUCAGUGAGAAAACGUACAAAAUCAGCAGGGGAUCAAAAACUUUUUUCCCUCACUGUGUGUGUAUAUAUAUAUAUAUGUGUGUGUGUGUGUGUGUAUAUGUGUGUGUGUAUGUGUAUAUGUAUAUGUAUAUAUAUAUAUAUAUAUAUAUAUAUAUAUAUAUAUAUAUAUAUAUAUAUAUAUAUAUAUAUAUAUAUAUAUAUAUAUAUAUAUAUAUAUAUAUAUAUAUAUACACACAGUGCCCUCCACAAUUACUUUGGUGUAAAAAAAAAAUAAUAAUCACACAUUUAGAAAAAGAAAACUUGAAAUCAUGUGUCCCACAAUUAUUGGCACCCCUGAUGUUAAUACUUUGUACAACCCCCUUUUGCCAACAAGACAGCACUUAAUCUCCUCCUAUAACAUUUCACAAGAUUGGAGAACACAGAGAGAGGGAUCUUUGACCAUUCUUCUUUGCACAAUCUUUCUAGAUCAUCCAGUGUCCUGGGUCCUCUCUUAUGCACUCUCCUCUUUAGCUCGCCCCACAGGUUUUCGAUUGGGUUGAGGUCUGGGGACUGAGAUGGCCAUGGGAGGACCUUGAGUUUGUGACUGCUGAACCAUUUUUGUGUAGAUUUUGCCACAUGUUUUGGAUCAUUAUCCUGCUGAAAGACCCAAUGACGACCCAUCUUCAGCUUUCUGGCAGAGGCCAUCAGGUUUUUAUUUAAAAUGUCCUGGUAGUUCAAAGCGUUCAUAAUGCCAUGCACCCUAACAAGGUUCCCAGGGCCUUUGGAAGAGAAACAGGCCCACAGCAUCACAGAUCCUCCACCAUACUUCACGGUGGGCAUGAGGUGCUUUUCGGCAUACUCAUCUUCUGUUUUACGCCAGACCCACUUAGAGUGUUUGUUGCCAAAAAGCUCAAUCUUAGUCUCAUCUGACCAAAGCACACGAUCCCAGUUGAAGUCCCAGUGCCGCUUAGCAAACUCCAGACGUUUACGUUUGUGAGUGUUAGUGAGAAAAGGCUUUUUCCUUGCAUGCCUCCCAAACAGCUUGUUGGCAUGUAGAGAGCGUCUGAUGGUUGUUUUGGAGACUUUGUGACCCCAAGAUGCCACUCUUUGAUGCAAUUCUGUGACCGUGAGCUUAGGACUUUUUUUUACUUCUCUUACCAUCCUCCUCACUGUGCGUUGUGGCAAGAUAAACUUGGGACCUCUUCCAGCCUUGUUUGUCACUGUUCCAGUUGUUUUAAACUUCUUAAUGAUUCCUCUGACUGUAGAUACGGGCAAGUUAAGGCGAGUGGCUAUUUUCUUGUAGCCAUUGCCUGACUUAUGAAGGUCGACACAAAUCUGCCUUACUUGAAUGGUGUGUUCUCUUGUCUUUGCCAUGUUGACAAAUGGGUAAGAGAAUUAGGCCUCUGUGUCACGUCAUAUUUCUACCCCAGGGAAACAGGAAGUCAUGAAUUACUAAUUAAAAGUUCCUAGAUACCCUGACCAACAUUAGCAACUACAGAAAAAUAUAUUUUUAAAAAAUUCAAUUAAUUUUCAGCGGAAUUGUUAGGGGUGCCAAUAAUUAUUAUUUUUUUACCACCAAAGUAAUGUACUUAAAUAAAAGGUUGGAUUUUUCUCUUUUUUUGCAUUUGGGUUCUAUGUUGUUUAACAAAAAAAGGAGAAUUUUUGGAAGUCCUCGACCACAUCUUAAACAGGGGUGCCAAUAAUAGUGGAGGGCACUGUAUAUAUAUGUGUAUUUGUAUGUAUGUGUGUAUAUAAUAUAAAAUAUAUGCUUGAAAAAAACCUUUGGGAUUGGAAGUGAUGCAGACAAUUGCAUUGGAAGUUACAAUCUAUCUGCAGUAUUAAAGCUGAUCUACCCCCUAAAAAAAAAGCUAACAAAAAUACUGAAAAAAUGACAAACAUUUGUUUUAAAAAGGAUAGUUAAUGCAGUAACAAAGACACCAAAAUCGAAACUGUACCAUGAAAAUGUAUCAUGCAGGUAUUUGAGUAACCACCAAAACUACAACUCCCCUCAGGUCCUUCCCUCCCGCCCCAGCCCUAAAAUAGUCAAAACAGCGGAGUUGUCGCAGAAUCCCAUCCACCCCCUGGCUGUCGACCCCAGGCAUGGAGCAGGCUGUAGGGAACUGGUGCCUCGAUGAUCUGUGGAUAACCCUGAGAAAGGCUUGUAUACCUUUGUUGCGUGCAGUGCCCAGAGCCUGUGCCAACCCCUUGCGAAGUCUGACAGUGUAGUUGCUGAAAUCGGGGAAGAAUUUAACUAUUGCGGCCUGUCUCUUCCUAUCCGUGAAACGCAGAGGAGGUUGAAAAUCAGAGUGUGGGGUCUGUCGUUGUUGCGGGAGCCGUAGAUACGGUGGGCACGCAUGAUUUCAAACUGCCAAUGGACACCAGUGAGGGAUUGACUGCGUGAUAUACUGAAUUAUUAGUGCCCUCUUUCCCUUCUUCCAGGUUGACGAUACGAACAUUGCAGAGUCUUCCCCUGUCCUCAUAGCCUGCUAG